AACAAAACGUACAGUACAUACCAGCAAUUCAUACACCAAUAAUAUUCCAAUAAUUGUCAAGAUGUCUGGAAAUUCCGAAAUUCUCAGCCCCAUCGAUCCCGACUUCAAGAAAGAAACCCCACCGAUGGGAGACCUUGAACGAAGAUUAAGCCAUGCCCUGUCCAUUCACAGCGUAGUUUCAACCUCAUCCUCAUCCGCCGAGAUCAACACAACACCAUCAUUCACCAAAAUCGGCGCCGGCGCAUGCGGUGCCAUUUUUGCCGAGGCCGGGAAAUCCCUCGUCGCGAAACUUGCCAAGAACCCGGGUCUGGAGUUAUGGAAUGAUUACAAAAUGCACACGCUUAUAUACGAGAAGGCAACACCUCUCGGUGCCAGGAUCCGAAUCCCACGACCGUAUUUCUUCGUGCCGGGGGACGACGCGGAAUACUUUGAAAAGCAUACUACUUUGGUUGAGGCCGCGGAGGAUAUAUGUAAUUUGCCGACACAUGUUCUUGUGACCGAACGGAUUGUACCGCUGCCGCAGAUUACGAGAACCCUUUUAAUCGAGAAGUACUGCAGCCCACACCUACAACCCAGUGCACUAGCAUGCGCCGGGAACCGAGAUUGUCUCGUAAGGGUGUACCUAGGGUCCUCGAACGGGAAGAGUGGACGAAGUUUCUUCUCACUACGAAACUUCAAGCUCCACCUUAACCAACUCGCGGAGCUCGACCUAGACCUAGACACCAUAACAUCCCGCAUGGCAGAAGCCCUCGCCAUCAUGCACUGGGCCGCGAAAACCGAUGCCCGCGAUGUAGAAUUCGUGUUGGGACACUCAGCACAAGAGAUCCCGAUAUCUCCGAAAACCCAUGAUGAGAUAUCCAACAUGGAGCCAAAUUCGUUCACAGGCCCAUCGUCGCGCGUCCACGAUGACUUCUUUCACCGCACAACCGAGCUAUGGUUACUAGACUUCAACCAAGUUUGGCCCGUCACUAUGGACCAAGCUGGUGUUGACGGCAUGGUAGACGCAUUCAAAGCCAAUGACCCUUACUACCCAAGACCACUGCAGGAGGGCCAAUUUGCUCGACGGCUUUGGAACCAAUUUGUGGAGAACUACUUGAGCGUGGCAGAUUCUAUCAUGGGCGAAAUGAAGCAACUACCGCGAUUGUUUCUCGAGGGAAUUAUUGAAGCGGAACGGGCGAAGGCGCAGAGAAAUGCCUAGGAUCAUAAUUGGACUGAAUUUCGAGUAUAUGUU